UAAGAAAGAAGAUUGGCCUGAUGAGGAGAGUGAUAAAGAGCUAAACAUGGAAGUAUCCGAGGAGGAGGAAUUAAUUAUUCCAGUCGUCAAAAGUAAAGGCAAACAUAAAAAGAAAAAUAAUAUUGAUGAUAUUGAAGCAGAAUUGAAGAAAUUUGAGAUGAAAGACCCAGAGCCCGAAGAACCGCCAGUGAAAGUCAAAGACAAAAAGAAAAAGGCGCAGCCUCAGAGCGAUCAUGAAGAUGUUUCUGUUAAAGAAGAAAUUGAAGACGAGGAUAAGGUGCCAGAUCUCCCUGAAAAGGAACUGCAAGAGCCCGCCGAAAAGAAAAUGAGUCACAAAGAGAAAAAGAAGCUGAAGAAGCAACAAGAGUAUGAGAAACAGAUGGAGAUGAUGACCAAGAAAGGCGGUCAGGGGCACAGCGACUUGGACGCUAACUUUACCGUUAGCCAGGCGCAGAAAUCCGCUGGUCAAAUGGCAGCAUUAGAGAAUGCUGUGGACAUAAAAGUGGAGAAUUUCUCGAUCAGUGCGAAAGGCAAAGAUCUGUUUUUGAACGCGAACUUGUUGAUCGCGAACGGGCGGCGGUACGGUCUGGUGGGGCCCAACGGCCACGGGAAGACCACGCUGCUGCGGCACCUGGCGCAGCGCGCGUUCCCCCUGCCGCCGCAUAUUGAUAUACUGCUGUGCGAGCAGGAGGUCACCGCCAAUGACCUCAGCGCUGUUGAUACUAUUCUUGAGGCUGAUGUUAAAAGGACUGAGUUACUUAAGGAGUGCAAGGAACUGGAAGCCGAAAUCGAGAAAGGAAAUUUGAGCAAACAGGAACGAUUAAAUGAGGUAUAUGCGGAACUGAAGGCCAUCGGCGCCGACUCAGCGGAGCCGCGAGCUCGUCGUAUCCUCGCCGGUCUGGGCUUCAGCAAGGAGAUGCAGGACAGAGCCACCAAGAACUUCUCUGGUGGUUGGCGAAUGAGAGUGUCGCUUGCCAGAGCUUUGUACAUAGAACCAACACUUCUGUUACUCGACGAGCCUACGAAUCACUUAGAUCUGAACGCCGUAAUUUGGCUUGACAAUUACCUACAAGGCUGGAAGAAGACUCUACUGGUAGUGUCUCACGACCAGUCUUUCUUGGACAACGUGUGCAAUGAGAUCAUCCAUCUAGACCAGCAGAAGUUGUUUUACUAUAAGGGCAAUUAUUCCAUGUUUAAGAAAAUGUAUGCGCAGAAACGCAAGGAAAUGAUAAAGGAAUACGAAAAGCAGGAGAAGAGAUUAAAGGAUCUGAAGGCUCAUGGACAGUCGAAGAAACAGGCUGAAAAGAAACAGAAGGAAGCGUUGACGCGCAAGCAGGAGAAGAACCGCACGAAGGCGCAGCGCGAGGACGAGGACGGCGCCGCGCCCGCCGCGCUGCUGCAGCGCCCCAAGGAGUACGUCGUCAAGUUCACCUUCCCCGACCCGCCGCCGCUGCAGCCGCCCAUACUCGGACUGCACAACGUGGACUUCAACUUCCCCGGUCAAAAGCCAUUGUUCAACGGCGUGGAUUUUGGUAUCGACCUGAGCUCGCGUAUUGCCAUCGUGGGGCCCAACGGUGUGGGCAAGUCUACCUUCCUCAAACUGCUGGUCGGUGAACUGAGCCCGAUUAGGGGAGAACUCAUCAGGAAUCACAGACUGAGGAUAGGUCGUUUCGACCAGCACUCCGGCGAGCACCUGACGGCGGAGGAGUCGCCGGCGGAGUACCUGCAGCGGCUGUUCGGGCUGCAGUACGAGAAGUCGCGCAAGGCGCUGGGCACGUUCGGGCUGGCGAGCCACGCUCACACCAUCAAGAUGAAGGACCUCAGCGGCGGGCAGAAGGCACGCGUCGCUCUCGCCGAGCUCACGCUCAUGGCGCCCGACGUCAUCAUACUGGACGAGCCGACGAACAACUUGGACAUUGAGAGUAUAGACGCGCUGGCCGAAGCCAUCAACCAGUACAAGGGCGGCGUCGUGAUCGUGUCUCACGACGAGCGACUCAUCAGGGAGACCGAGUGCGCGCUCUACGUCAUCGAGGACCAGACCAUCAAUGAGGUGGACGGAGAUUUCGAUGACUACCGUAAAGAGUUGCUGGAGAGCCUUGGCGAGACAAUCAACUCGCCCUCUAUCAUCGCCAACGCGGCCGUGCAGCAAUGAACACAAUGUCUUCACACUCAACGUACAAGCGAUAACACACCGGAUAUUAUUGCUUACUUAAUUUUUCACGCAUGAUUGUUUUUAAAUAAAAUGUAAUAGAAUACAAUUUCCGAGUAUUGUUCGCAAUUUCAUAAACAGUUUCAAUGAAUUUUUGCUGCAUAUUUUAUUGAGAUGUGCAUAAUUUUUCCAAUAAAUAGGUAUAAUUCUUCACUUAAGUGCCUGCCAAUAGGUGCUAAUGUGAUGUUUUAUCUAUUUUUAUAUUGUUUUGUACUUUAAAUAGCAUUAACGCUUCCAUAUUUUGUAACAGCGCGGACUUGGUUAUAUUUUAAAUAUACACUGUAAGUUAUUCUUUUCGUAUCAGUACCAACUCAAUAGUUAGUAUUCAAGUUAGUAUUUAAACUUUUUAGGGCUACUAUCGAAUUCAACUAUUCGAAUAUUAAUAAUUUGUUCAUUCAAUAUAGUGAUUUAAUGUUCUAUUACCUUUUCUUAUAGUAAAUGACGAACGUCGUUAACUAGUAUGUAAAGUAUUGAAAUUAUUUAUAUAUUAUACAAAUAAACUUUUUUUUACAAACCGGC